CAGCAGAUCAACUCCUCCUUCUAGCAGUGACUCAGCAGUUCAGUUCACCUUGCUGCCCCUUCUAGAAGUGACUUAGUAGCUCCGCUCAGCUUGCCCCUCCCAGAAAUGACUCAGCAGCGCAGCUCCUGCUGCUUUAUUUCCCAGCAUGGCUGAGCAGCUCAGCUCCCACUGUCCCCCUACUGCCGACAGUAACUCAGCAGCUAAGCUCCGCCUGCUCCCACCUCCAAACAGUGACUCAGCAGGUCACCUCUCUCUUCUACCCUUCCCAGUGUUACUCAGGAGCUCAGAUCUAGAUACUCCACCUCCCAGCAACGACUCAGCAGCUCAGAUCCACCUGCUCCCCCACUCCCAGCAAAGACUCAGCAGCUCAGAUCCACCUGCUCCCCCA